AAAGGAACAAUUUGUCCCACCGGCGUUUUACUUAGCAGCAGAAGGUCGUCCGCAGCGAGGCGGAAUUUGACUACAUCAAAGCCGAAACUAACCGAAAUAAUUUAACUUUGGUGUGAGUUUGGUACUCGAGACGCGGAGUGAUGUGAGCAUUGCUGAAAAAAUAGAGGAACGCGGCCCUACGUCGCGUUUGGUCGGGCUCUUAUGAAACCAAGCUAACGUUAGCGGCUUGACUACCGAAAGUAGCUACGUUCGCAGCCCUGAAAGCGGCAGGAGACGCUGCUCCGGUGAAGGUAAAGAAUUAGCUAAAGCUACGUGCUCAUCAAUACACCUGCAUCGAGGCAGGGCUGGUUGGACCGGGAUCUUGAAUCUCUCUGCCCCCGAUCUUGGACCAGAUCCCGGGCUCAGCCUCUCAAACCCAGCAACUCCCUUCCUAGAACGGAGAGGCUGGUUUGAUGGCAGCCACGGCCGGUGCCCGGAGGUUACCCAUGGGUGUGCGGACGUUCAGUGACUUUCUGCAGAUCGCCUCCGUGGGCUCCCCUCGCUCGUGUCGCACGGCGGUGCCCAGAGGAUGCCUGCGACAAAACAUCAGACACUUGUCAUCAUGUGGCAUUUUGAUGACAAGAACUCCCAGGGUGCUUUGCCUUCAAGACUGGGACGUAAUGACAACUGUUCCUCAGAGCAGAAACUUCAUCAGCCUCACCAACAAAAGGAAGGAGUACUCCGAGCGUAGGAUACUUGGGUAUUCUAUGCAGGAAAUGUACGAUGUGGUGGCCAAUGUUGACGAUUACAAGCACUUUGUGCCUUGGUGUAAGAAGUCCCAGACCAUCAUGAAAAGAGCUGGUCACUCCAAAGCCCAGCUUGAAGUGGGAUUCCCUCCGGUGGUGGAGAGAUACACGUCUAUGAUCACUAGUGUUAGGCCUCAUCUAGUCAAAGCAGUGUGUACAGAUGGAAAGCUAUUUAAUCACCUGGAGACGAUAUGGCGCUUUAGUCCUGGCAUUCCCGGUUACCCUCGCACCUGCACGGUAGACUUUUCUAUAUCCUUUGAGUUCCGCUCUUUGCUACACUCCCAGUUAGCAACCAUGUUCUUCGAUGAAGUCGUGAAGCAGAAUGUUGCUGCGUUUGAGCGGCGAGCAUGCAAGCUGUACGGCCCAGAGACUCGUAUCCCACGAGAGCUGAUGUUUCACGAGGUGCACCAGACGUGAUCUCAGCAGCUGUAUGUCCUCAUCUGGCCUUAAACCAUACCAACCUUUAUUCCCUUUAUACACUCAAACCUGCAUGAAGCGGCUUAGUCGGCCCCUACAUCACAUCUCCGCUGCGACAUAGACAUCAUAGCGGCUACUGAAGAUGUAGGACAUUUAACUCUUAGCAUAAUGUUGGAAUUCCUGCCACAAGUUCUUGCUUAUUUCCCUUCUCCCUGUGUUAAGUGUGUUCAUUUUCUGUCUACCUCCAGUUUCGGGUGUCCUUGUUCAGCAGAAGGAAGUUGCUAUUGCUUAGAGUUACAAGCUGUAUUUAUGUAAACAAACCAGUAAAUCAUUGCAACACCAUGUUACCAGUGUUAGAGAGUUGACUAUUAUUUUAAGAACACCCUUUUAUGUAUUUUAAAGGCACAGACGCGCUUUGAGUCUGCUCUAGUCGCCUCUCUGACACAUUAUCUUGUAAACUUCAGCACUGGGAUCAGCUGGUUAUACUAGACUAGGAAAGCACAUUCUUUGCCUUUUAGCGUUCGCUUCUAUUUCAAAUGGAAGUUUUAAUGUAUUGUUUGACAUACACUAGUGCUGUUGCCGCAAAGUUCAUUUCAUUCUUUUUAAUUUAUUCAGCAGUGGUUAUGCAAAUUGUUAUCAUUUUAUUGGGAUUCAAAUCAAAGGUGCCAUGUUUUGGGACGUGAAAAGAGCGUUGCCACUGUAAGUUGUGACAAUAUUAUGAAGUGCAACAUUUUUGCAAAAGGAAAAAUGUCAUUUCUGCACUAGUUAAGUGUGGCCUCAGUUGACUGAGGUUUGGGAGGUUUAGCUUUAACUUGGUUGAUGUGCUGUGAGAGUUGGGUUUUUGGACCUUGAAGCUUAGCCCACUUGUUUUUAUAAUGCCUUAUUUUACAGCCUGCCAGUGAAACUUUGCACAACCAAGCGCAGCUGAGUGAGAUAACUACAACUUUAUAUUUGAUAAAUACAGUUUAUUUUUAUGUUAUAGAUUUAUAAAACUAACAUUUAAAAAUCAAAGGAUCAACCGCAUUUAAUGCUGCUUUAUAUUGUGGAAAAUGAUAAAAUAGAAAUAACAUGCUAGGUAGAUGUAGGAAUCAGAUUAGGCCAUAAUCAUAGUAACCUAAUUGAUUACUACUAUGCUAAGAAUAAAUUUUAACCAGUGUUGUAGCAGUUUCCCCACUCAGCUUUGUGUAUGAUGAUACUCUCCUGUCAUGUAUGUCCUUAUUAGAAAACACACCGGUGGGCUGUAGAAUAAAACAUUGCAAAUCGUUUCUCAUCGUCUGUGGGCUUCAUGCUUAUUUGUGGACUUUUAGCCUUUAUUUAUUUUGCUGCAUGGAUGUAGCUAACAAAAAGAAAAAUGUAGACAUUUUUAGUGUUGCAUUAUCAGGCCCUGAAUUGAAUUGUGUAAAAUUUCUCAUAUCAAAGCAGACCGUCACUUUAUUCCACAAUAAAGGGCUCAUUCAGUUCACUGAUUGUAUCAUCGUAGUUUAGAGGCGACGGAGAGGUUCAGGUUUUCAAAGGUCAACGGCGGAAGUCAUUCAGUGUGACCAUCCUUCAUGUUAGUUCAUUUUGUCCAAGCUCAAGUUUCAAACUCCAUUAGAACCGAACUGUGGGUUAAGCUGAUGUGGUUUAUUUUCUCUGUUGGUGAUUUGGAAAUGAUGGGAAAGUUACUUUAAAUGCACGAGGAAUGUUUAUGAAAUUGAAGUGGGUCUGUGAAAUCACUGUUUAAACGAUAGUUAUUUAAAGAUUGUUGAAUGCCAUUUCAAGUGUUACAUUAUUAGGGAAUAAAAUAAAGUCUAUUUUAUACCAUUUGGGCACCAUUUAGAAGCUCAUCAUGUCCACUGGAUUUGUUUUUGAGAGCGAUGCACGUACAUUGCACAGAGAUUCAAUUUGAUUUCACUAUUGUAGGUGCCAAUAUGCAUUAGAAACAUUUUAAUAGGACUAUAAAUGGAAGAAAUAUUUUUUAAAGUAUUAUGAUAACCUGAGCUCAUCUCCCCACAGUUUAUUUUCACACUAAUUCUCAAAAUGCAGAUGUGUGAAGGACCAUUGGUCUAACAGUGGCAGCCUGGUAUGUAUACAAGGAGAUGUAUCACUGACUUGAGUUGCUAGUUUUGGAAUUCAAUCACUUUUUAUGUUGCAAGCUUGAACGCAUCUUUGUAAAUACUGUGGGUGUAUUAUAAAGCUUUAUUUAAAUAAAAAGAGAGGUGUCACUUA